UCCCGAAGAACAUAUUUCCGAGGAGAAUUGCAUCCCGUCAUACUCAAAGGGUCAGCUAAAUGAUUUGAAUGUACAUAUUGGAUUUUCGAUGCGAAAUGGGGAUCAGCCAUUUUUCUUUCAACCAAUUUUUGAGGCUGAAAGAGCAAAGGCAGACCUUCCCUGCACCCACUCUUAGCACAAAGAAAAUUACUUUCAUCAUUCUCAAAAGCGAGGAGCAGACAAGCCGUGCAACGAAGUGGAUAAUUCUAUCAUGGUCCACCUUGAAGAGGUACUGGAAGCUAUCCUCAAGACGUCGAUGGCCGGUUCAUCCGAUUUCUGGCCACAGAAAAAAUUUAAUGCCGACAGUCUUCUUGCCCGAUCGUCGCUGGAUUAUCCUGACCAGGAAGCCGAUUUUAAUGAAAGCCUUCCUCGAUUCCACGAAACACGGAAACCCCCCCGCAACACGGUUCUUCUUCUCCAGGUUUGGAAGGCAAGAAGACGACCCACCGGCAACCCUCUGAAAAUAAUGCGAGCAAAGCGUAUCGAGGAGGAGACGCGCUUCAGACUGCUGAGAUACACGCACCGCGCCAAGUGUCGAAA